AUGCCUGAGUCUAUUUAUCAAUCGGAAACAAAUGAUACACAUUAUAAUGAAAUAAAAAAUCUUCGUUCCAGCACGACAAAUAAACGAUUACGACGUUUACGCGUAUUUGAACGUACUCAUUACAAGAAAACAUUUGAAGUGAAAAAAACAGGCCAUAAUUUAGAAGAUAUUCAUCGUUUAUAUGAUGGCAAUUUACGAUAUGCAAUACACAACUUAACUUACUCAUUAAAUAAGAAAAAACGUUGGUUAUUACCUGAUAUUAUCCGAGAACGCAUUUGUGAAUUUAAUCCUAAUGCUAAACCUUUGAGCUGUAAAAAAGGUGAUGAAUUAUCUUCUAUUGAUGAACGUCUUAAAAUAACUAUGUAUGAAAAUGAAAAUGUUCAUCACUCGUCUACUUGUAUACGUUAUGCUAAUAAUCAAACAGUACCACAUGUUCUAUACAGUAAUGGACGAAGAUUUAAUUCAGCAACAUUAACAAAAUGGAUUAAUUUUGAUACACGUGAACGCUGGAAUAGUCGUCAUCGAAAUCAUAGUAAUGAUCGAAUCAAUCAAACAAAUUUUGGUAUCCAACAACGACCAGGAUUUUUUCCCAGUGAAGUAACAUAUAAAUUUUUAUAUCCGAAACGUCUUUCAUCCAAUGAAACGCAUAGAAAUGGAAAAUCAUCAUUGCAAUAUUUUAACCAUCCAGAUGCCUAUGAUUGGAAUGCACGAAGAUCCAGAGAUACAAAUCAACAUCGAAGAAAACUGCGAAGAUUCGAAUGUAUGAAAGUCGAUUUAGAUGAAUAUGAAUAUAAAUAUGAUUCUGAAGAACAGCAUAUUGAUACAAAUGAAUUCGUCAAUGUACAAUCAAAUUUGAUUGAUGAAAAUGAUAAAUGGUCGAUUGUUUUUGAAGAAUCAGAUGAUCAAUGUUCGUCUUCUGUUGAUUUUCCAAUUGAAUAUUUUUUUCCUUCAAUAGUAUCCUCAAAUUGUAAAUCUAGAUUGAUUUCGAAGGAAAAACCACGAGAUAAUAUCUAUGAUCGUAAAGCGCAUAAAUAUUUCGAACCUUGGCCAAUAUCCAACGAAAACAAUAAAAAGAGUUUAAUAGUCAACGAAGAUUUAUUAUGUUCUAUUCCAUGUCAAAAUGAAUCAGAUUUUCUUUCUUUAAUGCAACAAUCAACAAUGAAAAUUUCUCAAGGAAAUCAUUCACCUCCAAUAUUUCUUCAACGAACAUCAACAUCAACUUUUUCUGUUACAUAUUCAUAUUGUCGAACAUCAUCUACCAUCGAAGCAAUACUCAAAUUUGCUGAUCUACCUCCAAAUAUUGCUUUCAAUAAAAAUGAUAUAACUUUAAACAAAUUAAUUGAAUUAACAUCCAAGAAAUUAGAUGAAUAUCAAACAGAACAAAAAAGUCCAUCAGUUACAAUUAAUCAUUCAAAUGUUGAUGCUUUACGUGGUUCAUUACCAUUACCAUUAACAAUUACACAGAACAUGAUUUUAGUUCGACCUAAUUCAACAGAUAAAUUAAUAGCAUUAAAAAAUGAAAAUCUCAUCGAAGAAAACUGUAAACAACAAGAACAAUGGUAUAAUACUCUAAGUCAUUUCUCUGAAACAUUAGAAUGUUCAAUCUGUUGCGAUCCGUUAACUUUCAACGAAACUUAUCAACUUCUUCCUUGUCUUCAUACACUUUGUCAUUCGUGUUUGACAUCAUAUAUUCGUACAAGCAUAUCAUCAGCAACAUAUUCUUCUUCAAGUACAUCUCAAAUAAGUUGUUUUGAACAAAAUUGCUCAACAAAAUUGAAUUCAUCACUUCUGCAAGCAUUUCUCCCCUUUGAAAUCUAUCAAACAUAUGAACAAGCAUUGAUUGAUCGUCAUUUAUUUUCAUCUGGUAAUUAUCGUAAGUGUCCAUCACGUAUUUGCUCAAAAUUACUUAUUCUCGAUGAUAAAACUAACACAUCAUUAAUGUGCUCAUGUGGUCAACGUAUUUGUUCCGAAUGUGGAGAAGAAUAUCAUUUUCCAGCUUCGUGUAAACAAUAUAAAACGUAUGUUAUGCGUUUACGUGAAAGUGGUGAUGAUUUGUUAAGUUCAUCAAAAGUUGGAGAUAAUUCAACUUGUUAUAUAGCUGAAGGAAAAAAUUGUCCCAACUGUGGUGAAUUUGUUGAAAAGAAUGGAGGUUGUCCUCAUAUGACAUGUAAAUGUGGCAGUGAAUAUUGCUGGAUGUGUUUAAAACGAUGGUCAGCACAUAAUUAUGCAACUUGUGUUAAUAUAGCUGAAUCAACACAUGAACUUCGUUCAUCAACACGAAAUCGUUUACACAAUAAAGCAAUAAAUCAUCGUCGUGAACGUAAUCAAUAUUCAUUUCAUUUGUUAUCAUUAUCUGCACGAAAUUUUAAAAUUCCUCAGCUACAUCAUGAUAUUAUUUUAUCAACUUAUAUUGAUUUAAAUACAUUAGCUGAAUUUGUUUAUGUUCUAUUACAACGACGACGUAGUGAUAUUAAUAUUCGUGCUGUGUUAGCACGAACAGCAAAACGUUUAGAAAAUGAUGCAUUUCAAAUAAAAUUACAAAUUCAAGCUAACCAAAUUAAAAUGGAGCGAAUUGAACAGAUGCGAUUGAGACUUCAAAGAACUUGUGACAGUACACAUUGUGAACUUGAGCAUAGUGGAUCAGCUAAUCUCGAUAAACAUGAUUUACAAGUAUUUACUUCAAAAGUGAAGAAAACACUAUACGACGAUGAAAACUUUCUUGUACAAAAAAAUAUUCCACAACAUUCAAUUAUUCGACGUCUAUUUUAUAAUCGAACAAUAAGUCAACAAAUAAAAAUCGUUCUUUCUACAUCAACAAAAGUUCUCGUUCAAUGUUUUCUUGAUAUUCCAUGGUCAUCUUGGACAGAAGACAAUGAACAGUCACUAACUUUAUGUACUAUCUCAUCAUACAAUAAUUUAACAUAUUUCAUUCAAUGGAUUGAAUUUCAUCGUUUAAUUGGUAUUAGUAAAUUUGUUGUUUAUAAUAUUUCAAAUAUGAAUCUUCAAAUUUAUUCUACAAUUAAUCUCUAUGAAGAAGAAUAUCCUGGCUUAAUUGAUAUUAUCGAACGAAAUCGUUCUGUUGAUAAAAUUCAGUAUGAUUGCUUUUUACAUUAUGGAGAUAUUUCAGAAUGGUUUGCGUUCAUUAAUUUAACUGAAUAUUUAAUUCCACCAAUUCUUUAUGAAACUCUUCCCAGAAUGUUAAAUAAAGAAUAUGGUAGAAAUUUACAAGUUUCUAUUAUGUUAGAGAAUCAAGAAUUCUGUUCUAAUAUUCAAUAUCCAUUGACAGAAAAAACAAUCCUAAUCGAACGCUACAUAUCAUGGUCUAUAGUUUCAAAUAAUCCGGUCAAAUAUUUGUAUCAACCUCGUGGUAUUAACUUUUUAUCGAUUCGUCAAGAUCACCUAGAAGUAAAAUCUAAUGAUCAAAUGAAGAAAUCCAUCGUGCUCGCACAAUAUUCAAUCAUCGGACAUGAUAAAACUCUUUUAAAUUGUGUAUUAGAUAAAUUUGUAAUAGAUACAACGAUCCGAGAACGAUUUGGUAAACGCUGA